AGACAUUUACCUCAGGGAAAUACUCUCUUCGUUCAGGGGAAGUGAUUAUAUAUUCUUUCCACCUUGUUUACGGUAAGUUGUAGCUUAAGGUUGUUUGCGGCUUAAGUGCUUUGAUAUUCUUGUAACUCUCUUCUUCUUCUUUUCAAAUUGUGGGUCAGUUGUUCUUUACGAGAUUGUGUCCUCGGUGUGUGAAUGUAUGCAAUAGCAGCCACACAGCUCUCAAUUCUAAAGGCUUUUUUUCUAUAUCGUCAUUCGUCAAAAAUGAGAUUGAGACUCACUCUCAAGAGUCAGUCGCUGUCGAUGACCGCGAUUGUCGCCUUAGCGAGCGUGCGUCUGAUCGAAAGUACAAAGUUUCGCUCCCGGUCAGCAGCUCCGGCCCCAGAAAUUAUCGACACUUCUCAGCAAGCCCCGUGUACUAGUACUAGUUCGGACGAUGCGGCAGCUGGGGCGCUUUUGCAGUCCGGUGAAAAUAACUCCCCCGCUCCUGCCGACGAGGAUAUUGAUCAGUUGUCGAUACAAAUGGGAAACCUCCAUCUGGCGGAGAGGGUUGGAGAAAAACGGGAGGAACAACCACAACCCGCAGUCCCCCACAACGCGCUGAACCAUGUAGAACACCGAGAGGAACAACCACAACCCGCAGUCCUCCCCCACAACACACCGAUCCAAGCGCUGGCCGCAAACCAGGUGCCGUUGCCGCGCGACGAUUUUUGUGCUUGUUCGGACAUGGACGGGGACAGGACGCCGCGGACGGCGGGCAAGGCGGUCGUUACUCUUGCGUCCAUUCAUAAACUCUCCAACUAUUAUAAAGGACCGAAAAUGAGCGAACGCCAGAACGUGGUGGCAAAAAUGGAAAAAUGGUCCCAGGCCUUACGCUCGGCGGAGCUUCGGGACGAAGAGGACAGUAGCAAAGGCGUUGAGAGAGCUCUUUGCCUUUCCCUCGACCAAAUGCUUGACGUCAGCUUCUUUGACACCCGCGUGCAAGACUUGCUCCGCCUACGAGACAAAAACAAACUGGCCGGCACGUGCGAGGCAGCGGUGUACACGCGAAAGUAUCUGCGAGAAACGCGCCAGUUUUUGUCCCAGAAUGGGAUCAAGUUUUGUCCUGCCUUGGGGUGGACGAAUGGAAAGGAAAAAGAGAAAGGUGAUGAUCAAAGGACUCUGAAUCGCCGCGGAACUCCUGCACAGCACGAUCACGGCAUGUCGGUCAGUGACACGCGCGCCCAGCUGGAGACGCGACGUCGCCUACAGCCUUCCUUCCGGGAAAGAUUCGAAGAGAUUCGAGAAGCGCCUGAUGAUUCCUCGAUGUCUUCGAAUGGGGAUGAAAAUGAUGCUGGACAAGAGCAAGGUCAGCACCGCACCCCAACAGCACAAAUCGCAGCGGGCAUGACGAUGAGCAAUUUCGCGGGAGAUGUACAGGAGAUUCUGCUGGCGGUCGUGUCUUCCUUUGGAAAGGAAGUUCAGCAAUUCUACGUGGAGUUAGAAAGCAGGAAAGGAAAGAACCCAACAGGCGGCGCCGAACAGGAUAAAAUGUUAAAAAUACGCGAGGCAGAUUCUGAGCGUUCCGCGGUGUUACAAGAACGCGGGAAAGAAAACGCAACAGGCGGUGCGGUACAGAAAAAGAUCUUACGCCAGCCGGAAGAUGUUGACCGGUUUUAUGCUGAGCGUUUCGCAGAGUUAGAAAGCCAAAUCGGGAAACGAAACGCAACAGUCGGGACCGAACAGGGAAAAAUGUUACGGCAGCCGGAAGAUUCUGAGCGGUUUUAUGCUGAGCGUUUCGCGGAGCUAGAAAGCCAAAUCGGGAAACGAAACGCAACAGUCGGAACCAAAGAGGAAAAAAAGUCACGCCAGCCGAAUUUUGAGCGUUUUUAUUCCACGGUCGGAGCACUACUGACUCUGAUGUUGGGGAUGUCGCACAAUGACAAUACUAGAGCCGGGCUGGUGUUGAAGAUGACGUUAUCAGAAUGAAAAAUGCCCCCACCCCCGAACUUGAAAGAAUUUGUAUUGUAAACCUUUCCAAAUGAAAUCUUCGCCCUCUUGCACCUAUCAGCAUCACAGGUUUCCAAUCGUGAAUAGCGAAAAUUUGUAUUGCAAAAGACCCCAGCAAGAGCGGCGCUUGUCAUGCAAGCGAUGCGAUACACGCCUAGACUCUGCAUCAGAAAGAUUCAUACUCCUUUCAUGCAUGACAAAAAGUUUUCUUUUGGAAACUUCGCAUCACAAUUUGAGGGGUGGGGGGCACUUUUCACUGUAAUGGACGUCGUGUGGGAAGACGCAAUCGGAUGCGUUCAUUCGGGGUGUUAUCGGCAUGAUCGGAACAUUUGAGAAAACUGUAGAGACCGUCAAACAAAAGUUGCAACAGACGCACCGGGUGAUGGAACACAUGUCCUCGGCCUCGGCGUCGUCCGGGGGGUGUCUAGGAGGUGAAACUGCUGCGUCUUCCACUUCAUCACCUGUCUCGACCGAAGAAGCCCCACCGACAAUUGGUAUCCUCCUGCGUACAGAUUUCUCCGAUCUAGAGUUUGUUGUCAUGGAAAUCGUCCGGGUGCAGAAAGUUGCUCGUAUGCUUCGGGUUUCCAUGAGAGGCACUUCUUGCUACCGUAGUUUUUUCGGGAAACAUUGGCGUGCUCAACGAAGGUAAUCUUGGCCUUCCGGAGGACGAAGCUACUCGUGCACGACUCAAGUGCAUAUGUUGAUAUGUGUUGAAUAUUGGUCAUGUGGACUCCUUUAAAGAUUUUCUGAAUAUGUUGUCUGCUAAGUACCAGAAGAAGUGACGUCUCCUUUGAUGACUCUGGGGUCGCGGGAAAACGUUUUUACGAAGGAUAUCUCCCCGUGCCUGUUUAUAUCGGAGUUGCCCGAGUCCCUUGGCGCCCUUGCUGAGCCUGAUGGACUGGUACCAAGGGGAAUUGGUGAGGGUGAAGAUCUUAACCUUGUUGCAUGGGAGCGAAGGUGUGAGGCUCGUGCCAAUCCGCAGAGGAGUUGAAUAAACGAGUUGCUCCGCCUCUGCAGAGCGGUGGAGCAGGGCUUCGCCAGUCGGAGUAGCUGAUUCAUGUGGAGUCCGCAAUGCAGCUUCUGGAUUUUUCUAAGGUGUAAACAUAAGUUAAUUCUGACGUAGUAGACUUUUACUUCUCGUCACCGAUGAAAAGAUUUUGGUGUCUUUGCAAUGUGUCUGAGCGCGUUUUGUUUUUGGAUCACCGAUAUGAGGACGCAAUAAAUAGUGACAGAAUAACUACAAGGGAAAGGCAC